AGGAGGAAGAAUCAAAACCUCUCCUACCCCAAACCAGAUCCUUCUCUCUCAUUUGGAACCCCCCAUGUUUUUUUAACCGUAUAUUGUGCUUCAUUUUUUUUAUUAUCAACUAGUUUAUUAUCACCUUCUUCAUCUUGUCCUCGAUUUUCUAACCCUUUCAGAUUUGAAUCAUGAAGUCUCCUCAUUCCUUCCUCUCCUCUCCCUAUCUGCUAUAUUAGUGACCACUUUCCCAGCAUUCAAACCUCCCCUUUUUGAAGCCACCCCCGUUUUUGGUUGAAACCUCUUCAACUCUUUCAUGGUGCUGAAACUCACACCCUCUUAGAAACUUUCAUCCAACAUUUGUUUGUGUAUAAUCUUCCAGUGUAGAAAGAACCCGUAUUUCGAUAUGGCUCAGUUACAGGAGCUACUGAAAGAAGAUCAGGAGCCGUUUCUUCUCAAGAGCUACAUUGCUGACAAACGUGGCCAGCUGAAAAGACCUUCCCCCAGAACCCAGUUGCAGGUCAAGAAACGAAGACCCAUCUCCGAAGUUUCCAACUUCCCCAGAAACCUAUGCAAAAAUGCUUGCUUCUUCUCCCUCCAAGACUCGCCGGACCUCCGCAAGUCGCCGCUGUUCGAGUUCUCCUCGCCGGCGGCCAAGUCCCCAUGCAAGAGUCCCAACGCCAUUUUUCUUCACAUCCCAACCAGAACCGCAGCUCUUCUCGUCGAAGCUGCCAUGAGGAUCCAGAAACAGUCGACAAGUUCCAAACCCAAAACCCAGAACCACAGCAAGAACCAUGGCUUUGGGCUAAUCGGGUCGUUCUUGAAGAGACUUAAAACCCGAACCCAAAAGCGCGAAAUCGAAGGGCGUGGAAAGAUUUCAUCUGAAGACAGUCAGCUAAAAACGGAGGAAGACAGGUUUGGUUCUGGUCUGAGUUUGGAACACCAACAACAAAGUGCUUGUGAAAUAAGCACUAGCUGUGAGAUAUGCUUUGCUUCUUCUAAUGUAAACAGUAGGCCCAGUAGUGAAGUUUGGUCCUUGGACAUGGACACUUCAACUAGUAGUCAGUCGGAUUGCUCGGAAGCCAUUUUGGGUACAACAGAUUGCGCUUGCUGCGAGGCCAAGGUCUUUUGUGAGAGCCCUUUUCGUUUUGUGCUCGAAACAUCACCCUCGCCAUCCGGUAGCCGCACGCCGGAGUUCUCAUCGCCGGCGACGUCCCCUGUUCGCCACAAACUAGAGGAGAAGGAAGGGUUAAAGAAUUUUCAAGUUGAAGAAGAGGAAGAUAAGGAACAAUGCAGUCCUGUAUCAGUAUUGGACCCUCCAUUCGAAGAUGAUGACGAGGAGCAUGACGAGGAAGUCGAAGAACAUGGUUUUGAUAUGGAAUGCAGCUAUGCCAUAAUGCAGAGGACAAAGAAGCAGUUAAUGCAGAAGCUCCGGAGAUUUGAGAAAUUGGCAGAGUUAGAUCCAGUUGAACUCGAAAAAAGAAUGUUAGAAGAAUAUGAUGACGAAGAUGAAGAAUAUAACAGCAUUGGUGAUGUAGGAGCCGAAUCAGAAGAAUGUGAUGACGAUGACGAUGAGUCGAAAACAUCAGAGAGCAGCAGGGAAGAAAAUCUUGAUGGGUUUAUCAGAGAAGUACUUAGCAAAUCAAGCUUUCCUAGUUUGAAGAGAAUACCGGAAGACGUGAAGAGGUUGGUGUCAGAUCUCAUUGUUGAGGAACACAGAGAAGAGGAUGAUGGUUUCAGCAAUAGGGAAGAGGUGAUGAGAAGGGUCUGCAAGAGGUUUAAUUCCUGGAACGAGGUGGAGUCAAACACCAUAGAUAUGAUGGUGGAACAAGAUUUCAGAAAGGAACUCAGUGGGUGGAAACAAAAUCAAGGUCAGGUGGGAGAGACUGCAGUAGAGAUUGAGCUUGCUGUCUUCAGUCUUCUAGUUGAGGAAUUGGCAAUGGAACUGGUUUGUUUAACUUGAAACUAAUCAACUAGAAUAAGCUUUGAUGUUAGGGAUCAUUCCAAAGAGUUUUGAGGGUAAUUUUUGUUUAUCAUUUUUUGGUCGUUUCCGAAACCAAAAUAUGAUCACUUGGAGUAUAGUCUGACAUUCCCCUGGGAAGCAGGAAUAGGCUACAAAAGGUAACAUGGUAUGGUAUUAUGUAUAUGAAUCAUGUAUGUAGUGGGGGACUGGUGUAUGUACGUAUCCUUUGCUUAUUUAGAUAUGAUAUGUACAAUUUUCAGCCCUUCGAAUAUGUCAUGAUGUAUACAGUUUUGGUUUCAAUACAUUAAGAGAUCUAGAAGAUUAUGUAAGAGGGAGAGAUAGAGAUAGGAGCAGGUAGGGUGUGUCUUACAGAUGAUGAAGAAGCAUAAAACUUUGGGACACACACUUUGACAGUUGAGUGAGCAAAAGCUUGGAGGAUCCAAUAAGGGGGAAACAUACUCUUUACCAACCCUUAGAUUCUGUGGCAAGUAUGAUGGACAAGGAAUAAAGUACAAGAACAAUUUUUCACAAAAAGAA